AUGGCAAAACCCAAGGUUCAUCGAGUAAGAAAUUUGUUCUUGGAGGAAGAGUAUUGGCUGUUGAAUUUUGCAUAUUUUGUACUGCUAUUAAAGUAAGUAUUGUAAGUUGACGAGGCCGGUGUCGCAGGAAAUCUCCCCUCCAUGAAUUUCCUGGGACACCGGAACGAAUUAAGUUGUAUAUCGGAUGUGAAUCGUAAUUGCCAGCAUAGUUAUAUGAGAUCGGUACAAAAAAUUUUUAACACUUAGUCGUGUUAUUGAAAGCGUAAUCCACAUCGGAUCUUGUCUACCCUUUUUUAUAAUUAAAGUUGUUUAAAAUUCAGCCCGGUCUGGAAAUAUAUUGGGUUUACAUUCAUAUCCCGCUCUGCAGUGGUCCCAAGUCUGCAAACUAGCAUUUCAUCUACCGACCCCGUCAAAUCAAUAUUUAGUGUAAACCUGUAUAGUAUACUAAUGCUGGGUUAAUUAAUUAUGUGUUGUAAAUUUCCAGGCUUAUGGAUCGAAAGUAAAAUAAAUAAUCAUGGUGUUCUUCAACUUGCAUUGGCUGUUUUGCUAACAGCAAAGGAAAUAUUGGACAGUAAGACACCAUGUUUAAUUAAUUAACAUGUUUUUUAAGAAAACAGAAGAAGUAAAUUUUUGGAAACACACAGUUUAAAAGGUUCACAAUUCAUCUGAGAAAUAUAUCAUCAGACAGCACGAAAACUGAAUAAUUUUCGUUUUGAAUUCUGUCUUGUAUUUAAUUUUUAUAGCUGGAAAGGAAUUCGUGAUGAUCUCACACUGCUGUUGAAUGAAGACAUGAAUUCCGUAAAUUUGUGUGCUUUACACUGCGAAAUACCGAACAAAUCCUUGGGUCACUGGGUUUAUAUGCAUACAAAAUAGGGACGUUAAAAAAAUCUAAAUAAGAAGCUGGCUGAGUUGGGACCAAGAUCCAUAAAGAAGGACUACAUCAGGAUCAAAGAUGGCAGGAAUAAAAAUUUAGAAGUCACGAAGAACCACAUAAAGGUCGCUUCUAUCUCAGGUAAGUGAUUAAUACAAAGCAAACCCAUCACCGUUAAUUUAAUUCCGGUGGAGUUAUUUUGAACCUAAUUUUACUCCACAUUUGGAGUUAUGUGAACAAAUCAUGUUCUCCCAAUAUUGUAAAAGAUGACAAGAAAUGCUAAUGAUGCGACACAGUCUCAUUAUUGUCAAUAUUGUAAUACAUUAUCCGUUACGUUUAGUAAUUUUGCAGUAAAUUGUCUGUUCUUGGCUUUCAGGCCCCACUGAAUGAUCGUUUCUCGCCAACAUAGAGGACAUUGUGGAUUCAGCUCUUUUAAUUGAUAAGCUCGAGAAAUAUAUUACAAUUCCUGCGGCGGAAGAUUACCUUCUUAAAAAAGUAGGAUUUUGCGAGGAGAUAAAGAAGGUAUAAUGCCAAAAAUUUUAGUUGUGUAGAAAGUCACUAAAAUUGGCGUAACUCCUACGGGCUCUAACUGGCAAAAACUGCAAUGUCAAACAAAUUGAUUAAACCUCAGUAAGAAUCUCACACACCAAAGUGUUCCAACAGUGUGGGUACCCCCUGGCCAGAAGAGGCCCUGGUGCUUAAAUGUCGUAUUGUCAUACUGCAUUUCUUGUUGAAAUAAAUGCUCGUUUUUCAUAAAUCAAAAAGCAUAUAUGUAGAUAAUACUGUAGUUUAUGACGUUCACUGUAAUAGUGGCUGUGGACGCUUAAUUAACGGCUGUCUUUCCUAAAUAGGAGGUCCCUUUUCUGUUUGGACCGGGGUUCCUCUAUCACAAAGUUGUGUUGUGUUAUGUUGUGUGGUUUCACUCCAAUAUGGUAAGCAAACCUGCCUGGAAAAGACAUUCGUAUGAGAUCAUGGUGUCCAUCAAGAAACUACAACCAUCAUGCCUGGAAGUAAGUAUUUUCAACUUCAAACAUCAUUUUCGAUGCUCUGUCCCUUGCAUAGCAUUGAAAAUGACAGAAAUUAUUUAAACAAAGAUUGUGCCUACAGUAUUGUGUGUCUUUACAUUUAAAAUUGGAAUAUUUGCAUCUUAGGCAAGGUUGAACUCCAUGUUCAUGAAAGAUUAAAAUAUUGGGAGGACUUGAGCAGUAGAAUUGAAGAAAAUCUAACCGUUAUGGAUGGAAUGCUGGAUGAAAGUAUUCAGAUUUUUGCAGCUCAGAUUCAAAAGGGGCUAUUCAGAAUGGUAAGACUAAUUCAAAUGAAGAUUCUUGUUGGGCUACUGGAGUGUAUCUGUAUAGUGCUUAAUAAUAAUAAUAAUAAUAUUAUUAUUGAAUGUAAUCCAAGAAAUGCUGGUUUUUAAGGAGAAAGUCGUGACCCAUUCCAAAAGAAAUCAAACAGUUUUUGCCUAAUCUCAAAUACUGUACAACUUGCUAUAGGUAGCGACCAUGUGGAGGAACAUUGCGAUGAUAGUCCGAGAGACCAUUUUUGAAGAGGAGGGAGCUGAUGAAAUUGAUGUAUUUGAUCUAAAGGUUUGUACUAUGGGAACAUAUUAAAAUUUAGUAGAAUCAUACCAGUAUACUAUUGCAAAUGCUGUAAUUUGAUUGGCUACUCUACUCGCUAUCUAUUCCUCAAUAGAUAGCGAGUAGGAAAACAAUCAUUUUCCUGGCCCAUUUUUUAAAAACAAAGGCUUUUAUUGAAUUAUUUUGUGGAAUAUUUUAUGUUUAAUCUCUGAUUCUACUAAAACAAUUAGAUUACUCGCUCUCAAUUUCUGUGAGGUGAUAGUUGAUUCGGGCUUUGCCCUCAUCAACUAUCACCUCACAGAAAUUGAGAGAGAGUAAUCUAAUUGUUAAAUAGUUGCGAGGUAUGAACCAGGCAGGAAUCGUAAUCUUAUUAUGAAAAUUAAUGCCUAGCAUAAUGUGCGUAAGAGCCAUAACAAAUUAUCUUUUAAAAAAAUUAUUAGUUAACGUUUUCUAAGACAUAUUCAGACCGAAACGUUAACUAAUAAAUAUUUUACAAAUUUAUAUUGCUCUUUUACGCACGGUAUGCUAAGCAUUAAUAUUCAAUCCCACACUUAUCAUCACAGUCAAUCUUGUCCUAAUUGAUGAAUCUUAAAAUUUGUUCAUAGUGUAAAGAAUGGGGCUUCCACCUCCACCACACCUUUGGUCCGUUACUUGGCACUGGCGAUUAUGGGCAUUUGAUAAUUGAACAUGCUUCAAUGUUGAUGAGAACAUUUGGGUCCAUGAGGGAAUUCAGUAAUCAAGGAUUUGAAAGUUCGCACAAGGUCGAUCGAAGAUUGUACCAGCAGGCCACCAACCACAACAUCCAGGCAAAAGAUUCAUCAGGUUUGUGAAAAGGCUUAUAGGAUGAGGGAUUAGAUAUAGCUGUACAUUAUAAUUAUUGAUGUUUGCUCUCAAACCCACUCAGGAUUAAAGUUAGGUGGUAUACCGGUAUUCCUAGUAUUGGUAGUUUGCAAUCAACGCCAUCUUGGUUGAUUUUCGAUGUGAACUCCAUAUUUUCUAUUGCUGACUGAUUCUAGCCAUACACACCGUACGAGUAUGAAUGUGUCUAAUAAUAAUAUCGUUAUCUGUUUGUAAAACAAUCCAGGAAAUAGCAAAUUAAUUAACUGAACUUCACCACUGCAACAGCUAAAGAACACUUUAGAAUCAACCAAACACCAUAUAAUCAUUUAACAAAACAAACGCGUGAUAACUUUUUUCCAUUUUCCUAGAAUUUUGGAUCAUUGGAUGUAAACUAGCUGUAUUUACUGUAGAUUGCACAUUUGCUUAAAAAACUGUAACAGCGUAUACUGAUACAAAACGGUUUUUUUUAAUAUCGUACAGUACAUUACAGGGGCCGGUUGUAUAAAAAAGUAGUUAACUAUAGUCAGUGUGAAAGUUGACCAAUUGGGAUGUCGUAUUUAAGAGUUAACUACUUUUUAAGUACCCGUUUUGUAGUUAAGUCUUUUGUACAACCGGUAUUGAAAUUUUAAUACCGCCCAACCUUAGUCAGGAUUCACUACUCUACUCUACUCUACUGUACUAUAAAAAUUGGUUAUACUAUUUAUUGUACUAUUCAUUUGUUGCAUGGAACUUCAUUAUAAUUAGCAUUAUUUUGUGUAUUUUCUUGUAGUUAAACAGAUUUUAACCCAUGUUUACGUUGAUAAACUGUUGUUUCUUCGACUGUCAUUGAAAAAGGCAUUGGAGUGCUUUCAAGCAGGUAAGCAUGAUGCUUAUGUAUUCCAACAACCUUACUACACAAAUGCAACUUAUUCUGUACGAAUUUAUUUCAAGUCUUGAGAAACACUAACUGUACAAACUAAAUUUUCUCAAGCUGAGUAAUCAUACAGUAUUUGACUUAUGGCUAUACUCCUGACACAUUAAAUACUGCAACACAUAGCCUUCGCUUGAAGAGUCGAAUUUUUAUCUUUUAUAGGUAGUUAAUUCAUAACAUACCCAAGCCUGUCCAUAUGUAACUUAAUUAUUAUAAAUGAUUUGUGCACCAUUUCAAACAAACUAAUUCAUGUUUUGUUUCAGAAAAGGAAUUCUACUUCCAUGGCUGUGGUUGUAAGGCAAAAAAAUGAAAUGGUCUUUGAAUGAUAUGCAGUGGAUGCAAAAAACCUAUUGACAAAUUGUUCGGACCUGAUUACUUGGAAUUCAAAACUGUUAAUAAAUGCCUUGUAAUCCCAAAAGAUUGCCAGCCCAGCUUAAAGUAUAAUCACAACAUGUGGGAGUAACAGUUUGAUUACGGACAUUUUGUGUCACAGACAUUUUGCGUCACGGACAAAAAUGAUUCUGUGAAAUUUUCUGCGAAAGUUGAGAUCCAAAAAAAUUCUGGGAACUAUGUUCCCAGGUUCCGAUACUUUUUCCACCUUUGGGUAUGCCUGUAAUCUAGCUGUAUUUAUAGCUAAGCGUAUUUGACCACUUCAAAUAAAUUGUAUUGUAUCAUCUAAUUCUGAAUGUACCCGUCUACUAGAAGCGACGUUACAUUUAGUUGUAUGUUGUUUAGAAACGGAUGAAGAGUGUGUUGUAAGACAAGUUGACACCAAUGAAGAAAUAGAUUUUUCUCUCGAGUAUGAACCGAUAUCAUUCAGUGAAGAAGAAAGGCUUGUUGCAAUGCAUGGCUUACAAGAUGGUAUAUACUUAACUUUGAAUUUUUACUUUUCUCUCCUACGUGGUGAGAAUUGGUGGCUUUCACUAAAGCGUUAUAUAUAAGGAAACACACAUCGUUUUCUUCUGUACCCCCGCACGCUCGCUCAACAACUGAUCUCUAUGUAUAUAUAACUGUGGUUCUUUUUUCUGCUUCUGUUUUCUGCCUGGGUACGAGGCUGUGUACCCUUUGCUUGCACAUGACCUUACUAUGUCUCACUGGGCGCCAUCUUGGUUUAAUUUAAUAGUUUUUAUUUUGGUUGUUUACCGUGAAGUAGUCGAGUUUUUAAAUUAGCAUCUUGUAAUAUGGAUAGUUUUUCUGUCUCUGGCGAACUAAUACGCAAACUUAGUGAGAAGCACAUGAUGCUAAAUUGCGGAUAAUUACUCCACCAUUUACUAGGUAGGUAGGUAAAACUUUAUUUAACUACGCUAACCCCUACAGCGAAGGCUGAUUUCCAAGGGGGGGGGGGGGUAGAUUUAAAUAGUUAAAAAAUACAAUUAAUACAAAUUAUGGUCAUACAUUACAUUACAGUUAACAACAAUUACAAUACAUUUACAAAUACGAGUAUAUAAUUAUUUACAUAUUAAAUUAAUGUUAGUACUGUGCAAUAUUUUUAAUUAACGUAAUUAAUUAAACUGAUGGUCGCUAGGUUGUAUUUAGUUAAUCCAUCAAUUGCCAUAUCAUGGAUUUAAAGAACAAAUUCUAGAGAUAGCAUUAUCCGCAUCUUCACUGAUAUAUUUAUACAAGAACUUCAUGCCUAUCUCACAGCAACUACUUGGUAGUUUAAGUGGUGAGAGCACUGCACCGGCAUCGCAGUGGCGUAGGUCAACCCAAGUUGCAUUUUUUCUCAAUGUUCCUGUUUAGGUCUAUAAAAAUUGUGUAUAUCAACAUCAGCGUCGACACUGAGGUACCAGCAACAUAAAACUUGUAACACGUUACACACAAAACACUCUGAUAAUGAGACUUGACUGUUGUGUAUGUUUUCAUUAGAACCACUGGGGUCAGAAGCUACGGAUGAUAUGGGGGUGGACAAAGGUGAACUCGGUAACAGUGAUAGCUCUGAGUCUGAGGAAGAAGAUAUGUGGCAGUGUGAAUCAUGUCCUCAGUGA